AUGGCGCCCAUCGAGCCGCUCCUCCCGGGGGAGCUAACGCCAGAUCAUAAACAGAAAGACGAGACCGCCCAGCACACUACCCAGACACACCCCUCUUCUUCGUCCCGGCGCAGGUCGCAUUCAGUCACCGCGGGCAUGCUAUCCACAACAGACUCCGAACCUCCCCUCUCCCGCUCCCCGUCCACAGCAAGGACUUCUGGUUCAGAGACAACAGCGUCACGAGGCAGCAUCAGCAACUUACGCGAGAAGCUCGGCCUCGGCGGUGUUGCGCGGCGCACCCUCGGGAUAGGGCUACUGCUGGUUGUGGUGUUUCUGUGGACGACAUCCAACUUCCUAGCGAGCUAUAUCUUCUCCGACGGCACCUACAACAAGCCCUUCUUCCUCGUCUAUGUCAACACCUCAUGCUUUGCCAUCUCGCUGAUCCCGCUUACCAUCCGCUACGUCAUGCAAAACGGCGUGGACGCGCUGCUGGCUUCCGCUCUGCAGUUGUGGCGGGGGCGGAGCUCUGGCUUCACGCUACUAAGGGCACGGGAUGGAGAGGGUAUUGGUGGCCGCCGUGGCGGUAAUGAGGGCGAUGAUGACGCCGGGGAGCGGUUGUUGGUGGACGACGAGGGGAGCCUGGAGGCCCUGGACAUGGUGCCGCCGGGGGGCGGGGACGACAAGCUGAGUGUGGGGGAGACGGCGCGGCUGAGUCUGGAGUUCUCGAUGCUGUGGUUUUCCGCGAAUUACUUUGCGUCGGCGUGCCUGGAGUACACGAGUGUGGGGAGCGUGACCAUCUUGACGUCUACGAGCAGCAUUUGGACGCUGAUUUUCUGUGCGAUCACCAAGGUGGAGGGGUUUACGAUGCGGAAGUUGGUGGGCGUGUUGGCGUCGCUGGUGGGCGUGGUGCUUAUUUCGUCGGUGGAUUUGUCUGGGGCGAACGACGAUAACCGGGGGAGUUUCCCCCACAAGACGACGGCGCAGAUCGCGAUCGGGGAUGCCAUGGCUUUUUUUAGUGCCAUCAUCUAUGGCGUCUACGUCACGGUCAUGAAGCGGAGGGUCGGGAACGAAGAGCGGGUGAAUAUGCCGCUGUUCUUUGGCUUGGUUGGCCUGUUUAACGUGUUGUUUCUCUGGCCGGGCUUCUUCAUCUUGCACUACACCGGCAUCGAGCCGUUCGAAGUCCCACCCACAGCCAGUGUGUGGACCAUUAUCGCGGUCAAUUCUGCCGCGUCCUUCUUCAGCGAUAUUCUGUGGGCAUACGCCAUGUUGCUCACAACGCCGCUUGUCGUCACAGUGGGCUUAUCCCUAAACAUCCCCCUCUCGCUCAUCGGCGAGAUGAUCCAGUACUCUCAGUAUUCAAGCUGGCUUUACUGGGUGGGUGCUGGGGUAGUAUUCAUAUCGUUUUUGUUUGUCAACAACGAGAGCCAUGAGGAUGGCGCAGACGGGAAAGAUGACCUGGCUCCGGGAGCCGAGAGGUCAGCGGUAUAG